CGAACCGGGAGUAUUGGUUCGACCCGUUCACAUAUCUAAAGAGGCGGCGGGCCGUAAAACCUGCCAGCUCCCCAAUUCCGACUUCCCCGAGCAAUGGACGAGGCUGAAUUCCGACGUCUCCUUGAUCUUUUCCCUGUCGUCCGAUCGCGAUCUUAUUGUGCAGAUGAUGAAGCAUCGAAAGCGUCGACAUCCCGAGAGGCGAGAGAGGAGGUAGCUCGAUGGCAGGAAGCGUGGGGUGAAGCGGAGAGGAAGGAAGAUCUGGAAAUCGACAUCAAUGAUCCAUUCUGGGGAAAAUUAAGGUCGGCAGCAGAGAGAAAGGUAAGCUCAGAAGAGGCAGAAAGGUUCUGCAAUGCCUUUCAGAUGGUUCACAAGAAAUUUGUGUAUGAAGCACUUAGCUCAGAUGCUGCUAACAGGAUCCUCCAUUCAUCUGGAAAAUCAACAAGAUGACGUUAAUACUUGAGGCCCGUUUGGAUGACAACCCCACAACUCGUUUUUGUGAAAACCAGGUUAUUGAGAUUGUAGUUUUAUAACCUGGUUUAGAAAGUAGUGAGACUCCCGGUUUAGGUGCUUGGCUGAGAACUCCCCUUGGUUUUCACAAAAUUUUUGGAUGACAAAAUGAACUUCGUUUUGGUAGUGAGAAUGUAAAUGAUAAUUAUGCACAAUUAUGUCACUUUUAAUAACCUGGUUGUCACUUUGCUGCAGGUAUAAUAUUUAUAAUUUCAAUAUCUUGGUUUCA